CCCGCCGGCGGGUCGGAGCGUUUUCUGGCGAAAUCCGGCGAAAUUGACGGCAGGCACCAACGCCAAUGCGGUCGUGGCAUCCGGGCGACCUCCAAGGACCCCUCAAUUGCAAGAUUUGAUGAAGAUUUGCAAAACCCCCAAUUUUGGAUCCAAUUUCGAAUUUUAGGGUUUUUUCGAGUAGAAAAAUUCAGAUUCGAGAAGUUACAGGCCAAAUUAGACAAAAUGGUUUGGAUAUUAUUGAUCCUCGUCUCAAGACGAAGAGAAUGACAUUGGUCCCGCCGGAAUCGGAAAAAGAGGCGUGGAUCAUGAAGAAAGAGACACAGCUGCUGAACGACAUAUGUGAUGUCAGGACGGGUGAAGGGUUGAGAUCCGGUGAGUUGCCGUUGAUUCGAGCCGCCACGACCGCGGCCACGUCCCCGUCCUCGGUUGCCGCCGUUAAAACUCCAAGGGGAACUACCGUAGCCACGACCAGGGCAAUUCUGCCCGCCCCCUGCAGGAUUCCCGCCGCUGCUGCCGGUGCUGAGGAGGGCCGUCGACAAGCCGGCGCCAUGGGUGGCGUCGUUUUGUUGUUGUUCGACGAGCAAGAGAGCCGAAUGGACCUCCAAAAAGGGGGGGAACGGAGUUUGGUAUUGAAGAAACGUAACCUUAGCCCGGAUGUCUUGAGGCAAACCUUGAAGAACUUGUAGAACCAGGGCAUGUUCCAUCACCGGAGCAUCCACAUCAUCGAGAUAAUCGACGAGAUUUUUGAGGAGAUGGCAAUUUUCAUUGAUCGUCCGAGUCCCCUUGACGUUUGUCCGAAACCGGUGCUCCAACUGCAUUGCACGAGCGUGUUUAUUAUCAUGAAACAACUUGUAGAUUGCCAUCUAGAGGGAAUGAGCGAUGGGGCUGUUGGCGAGAACUAGAUCCGAAACUUCGUCAGUGACGGUGGAAAGAAUCCACCCUUGGAGUAAGGCAUCAAACUGGAGCCAUUCAACAUUGUCGGAGGAAGAGGCGAUGUUGGUGCCGUCAAGAAAUCCCAUGAGGUUGAAUCGGAGAACAAGAAGACAGAAUAAUUUGCUCCACUUUUU